CAUUUCAGGGAGAUAGUAGGGAGGAGUGGAUGUUAAAGACGCCUUGAAACUUCACACUAAUUCUACAUCAAAAAGUAACAUACGGCAAAGACAAUGGCGCGUUUCAAUACGUUUAUUAAAAUUGUUAUUACGUUUUCGAGUCUAGUGAGUUUGGUGACAUUAGAAAAACUCGUCAAUAGAUCUCUUCACAGAAGGCAGCGAGCUCAUCUUCAGGGGGAAAAGGAUACCAAGUGGAAUCUCCUUGAACUAUCUAAUAUUUCUAGUUCUACGGAUCAAGAGAGUGUCACGCUCAAUUCGUCCGAGGAUAUUUUUAGUACUUCUGGCCGUAGAGACGGUGUUUUUCAUAGACUUAAUGAAAGACUCUCAGCUCUGGUUGCUCUGGAUGAGCAACAGUCAAAGCACCUUGAAUCCCUUGAGUACAGAUUUACUAAAUUGGAAGUUCAAAGUCAGGAAAGGGCUGAGAAUAUUCGCAGUGAAUUGCGCGAAAUUUCUAGGAGAGUACAGCAGUUGGAUUGGCAAAGUAGCAAAGUUGAAUCGCUUUUAGAUACUCUUAAAGAAGACACAACUUUCCUUCGACAAAGUUUCGACCAAUUACGAUCAACUGUUACAAUCAGUAGUGCAAAUACCAAUCUGAAGUAUAUAGCGAAUGAAGCGUUGGUAGAGACUCAAAAUAAAUUUCAAAUUCUACAAAUGUCUGUACAAGUUAUACGUUCAUCGAUUGUCGAUGUCUCGAACGAGAUUUCUUUGCUAAAACUUAAUGUAUCCAAGAUAGCAAACUCGACUAGCGAAAUUCUGACGCAAACCAAGCAAUUACCGACAACUAAGCUCCUGAAUACGAAGUUUCUAGAAAGCAGAAGUCUGGCCAGAGGUCAGGAAGACGUUUGUACAAUUGAGCAUCAGAGGAUAGGCGAAGAGCAGUGGUCGGAUUGCUGGGACAUAUUCCAGAACGGGCAGAAGGAAUCAGGCAUUUAUAAAAUUAGGCCAUCCAGUUCGACAUAUUCCUUUUAUGUAUACUGUGAGAUGCAAAGUAACGAUGGAGGUUGGACUGUAUUGCAAAAUCGUCACGAGGGCGCGUCUGACUUUUACAAGGACUGGCAAGAGUACAAACUUGGAUUCGGCAACUUGCUCGGAGAAUUCUGGCUAGGACUACGUCAUAUUCACGCGAUCACAAGACAUAAAUUGUAUGAGCUUCUAAUUGAACUUAAGGAUCACGAGGGAAAUAAGGUCUACGCCAGUUAUGAUUCGUUCGCUAUCGGUUCUCAAGAGGAAGGCUAUGCCCUCAAAAUUCUUGGCAAAUACACCGGCAAUGCAGGCGAUUCAUUGGUUUAUCACGCCGGUCAAAAAUUCUCAACAAUGGACGUGGACAAUGACAAUUGGCUUGAUGGCAACUGCGCUGUGUCUCACACGGGUGCCUGGUGGUACAAUGGCUGCGACACCAGCAACCUCAAUGGUCGUUAUCUCAACGGUGACCUUCCAGAGGAUUAUAAUUUUCAAGGAAUAUACUGGUAUGACUGGCAUGGACCGAAUUACUCCUUAAUGGAAACUCGAAUGUCUAUACGUCCCAGGGACCGUCCCACGUUUCAAAUUCAGGCAACUACUUACAAGUCCUCUAGCCCAGGUACAAUGGACUGACGUUGACGUAUAGUGGGAAAAAUAUAUUAUAAUAUACGGGUAGAAAUCUUAUUAAAAAUAAAAUAAAAAAUAUUCCAAUAUAA